AUGCCACCAAAAAAAACUGAUAAAGGUGGUAAGUCCGGCGGAGCUGGAAAAGGAAAUAGUGGUGGAAAAUCAAGCGGGGAUGCGAAAGAAUCAGCAGCUAAAGAAAAAAAAGGAGGAACAGCUGUCAAAGUCAGGCAUAUAUUGUGCGAAAAACAGUCAAAGUGCUUAGAAGCUUUAGAAAAGAUAAAGGCAGGCCAAAAAUUUCCUGAUGUAGCGGCAGCAUAUAGUGAAGAUAAAGCAAGGCAAGGUGGUGAUCUGGGCUGGAUGACGCGUGGUUCCAUGGUGGGUCCUUUCCAGGAUGCUGCAUUUGCCUUGCCAAUAUCAUCGGUCACCAAUCCAAUUUACACAGACCCCCCAAUCAAAACUAAAUUUGGAUAUCAUAUUAUAAUGGUUGAAGGAAAGAAAUGA